AUGGCUUAUUUUUCCUUUGAUGCUUCAGCGUUCUUCUUCUUCUUAGGUUUUGUAAUUCAUCCGAUUUUAAACAGAGCCGUGGCAUGGGGACCUGUUGACCCUACAAAUGGUUUCAUUUCUCUCCCACUGAAUCUAUCAUACUACCAUAUUCAGAAGCCGUACGAUGUUCCUGAAGACCAGCGUUAUAGCUUUGUCGAUGGAGUUCAUAAAUGCUGGGUUUACUCCACGGACAAGCCUCAUACUCUCACUAGUCAAACAAAACCUCGUACUGAGAUAGCUAUACAGGGAUAUAACUAUUCAUCCGGGGUUUGGCAAUUUGAAGGAUACGGCUACGUGCCCAGUGGAACAUCAGGCGUGUGCAUUAUGCAAGUUUUUGGAGCUAGUGCUCCUCAUGCUACAACCCUAAUGGUUAGGGUUUACAAUGGCUCGCUCAUGUACUAUAAAGGUCCAGUCUUGGUUCCAAACAUCUAUGACCAAUGGUUUCGUCUAAAUGUUGUUCAUGAUGUUGACUCUGCGAAGGUAAAGGUUUACAUCAAUGGCAUCCUUAAAAUAGAGGCCGAUGGCCGUGGGGGCACAUCUCAUGCCUUCAAAUGUGGUGUUUAUGCCCAAAAUAAUGAUUCCUAUUACAUGGAGUCUCGUUGGAAGGGGAUCAAAGUAUUGAAAAAAUGUGAUUGA